GGCUUGUUGCGCCCGGAUUGAUGUCAGAGUUUCGAUCCAAGACUUCGUAAGCAGGACAGCCCGCUCUAGUGCACGAGUGGCGUUGGGACUCAUUGAGCGGAAAAGGAAAUUGUUCCUUUACGUCCAGACAAACCAGGUUGGGUUCGAGCCCGAGCACGACUCACGUUAAUGAGACCGCGUAGGCGCAUAGCAUAAUAGCGUCUCUACUCACGAAGCAACACGGCGUCUCGCGCAGCUCCCAUGCCGACUCCCUCCUCCGAUGCUCUCCGCCGCGCCACGCCGCCGCACCGCCCACCUCCCCCACAACCCUAACCCUAACCCUAAACCCUUCAUCGUCUCCUUCUCCAUCACCACCAACGUCUCCUUCGACCCCAUCGACCAAUUCCUCCCUCCCCGAUCCCUCCCCACUCCUCACCUCCCCUCCGCCCUCCGCCGCGAAACCCUCCUCUCCAUCUCCUCCCUCAUCAAAACCUCCCCGCCAUGCCUCCGCGCCCUCAAAGCCCUCUCCUUCUCCUUCCUCCCCGGCCCUCUCGCGCUCCUCCUCUGCUCCUUUCCCCGCCCCUCCGCCGCCGCAUUCUUCGCCCGCGCCGUCCCCGACCUCUCCCCCGCCACCCUCCGCUCCUCUGCCUCCGCCGCGCUCCUGCUCUCUUCCGCCUCUCCCUCCCUCCGCCCCCUCGCCCAGGAACUCCUCGCCUCCCUCCUCCGCCGCGCCGGAACCCACUCCGCCGCCGCCGCCGGCGAGCUCCUGCGGUGGGCCGAGCGCCGCCGCUCCUUCGCGCCCCACUACCACGCCCUCCACCUCGUCCUCCGCGCCUUCCUCAUCGCCGGCAUGGCCCCCGAAGCCCUGCACGUAGUGUUCAUCAUCAGAGGCAUCAACAAAACUCCGAGCUUAUCGGCUUUAUCUAUACUGCUUCGUCUCCUGUUCCGAAGAGGCGAUGUGAAGAAUGCAUGGAAGGUGUUCAAGGAAAUGCUCGCAAGAGGCCCGUGGCCGAGCUGCGGGACCUUCAACACUAUGAUUCUCGGCUCUUGCCAAAGAGGGUUCGUUCGAGUCGGCGAGGGGCUCCUAGGUGUGAUGAAAAAAUUCCACCUUGAUCCCAAUACGUGCAGUUUUAACAUCUUAAUGAAGGGGCAUUGUGUGUUUGGGCAUUCUUCCGGUGCCUUCAAGUUGUUCGACUCAAUGCCUCAGUUGGGCUGUGUUCCAACAAUUGUCACAUACAAUAUUUUAGUGGAUGCUUUGUGCCAUGAGGGCAGGUUGGUGGAAGCAAAAGCACUUUUUGAUAGUAUGGGAGAAAUGGGCAUUGAAUCAAAUUCAAUUACUUAUAAUGUUAUGAUUGAUGGGUUUGUGAAGGCCGGUCAGCUCGAUAGGGCGAAUGCAGUUUAUGCUCAGAUGAGAGAGAAGGGAUUGGUCCCUGAUUGCUGCACCUUUAACAUCCUUGCUGCGGGACAUCGUAAGUUCCGAAAAGAUUGGGAGGGCGGGGAUGAGAAGCUGAUGAAUGAUAUACUAAGGCCGGAGGUAUUGACCAAAGGGCCUACAUUAGAUGUACUAGUUUCGAAGUUCUGUUGGGAAGGGCAGUUAGAUGAAGCCAAAGUGCUUCUUCGAGAAGCAAUCACGGAGGGUUUGCCUGUGAGCAUUGUGGGAUUCAAUGCGGCCAUUGCGGCUUAUAGUAAGGAGGGAUUAGAAGAGGAAGCUUUUGAGUUGUAUCAAACUAUGGUAGAGGCUGGUCUUUCUCCUUCAAUAUCCACUUGUAAUGCUUUAAUCAUGGGGUUGUGCAACAGAGGGCGGUUCGAGGAUGCACGUCAGUUGCUCGAUAAUAUGGUCCAGAGGGGAUUUUGUGUAAAUGUAUCUGCAUUCACAAUAUAUUUAGAUGGGUGUUUCAGAGCAGGCAAUUUAGCUGGUGCUGUUAAAUGCUGGAAUGAAAUGGAGAGGCUUGGGAUAUAUCCAGAUUUUGUUGCCUUCUCAGCCUACAUUAAUGGCUUUUGUAGAGCUAAUUACAUAGAUGAGGCUUAUGAAGCAUUUAACAAAAUGACAAGGCAAGGAUUAGUUCCGAACAAUUUCACGUACAAUUCUCUCAUAUCCGGAUUGUGUAGAGUUGGUAAUGUGGCCGAGGCAUCAAAGCUCAAUUCAGAGAUGAUACAGAAUGGACUUACUCCUGAUGUUUUCACAACCAACAUACUAAUCAACUGCUUAUGUAGACAGGGGGAAUUGAACAUGGCAAUUAACAAAUUCCGAGAAAUGCACGAUAAUGGGUUAACUCCCGAUGUCGUGACUUACAAUACCUUCAUCAAUGCUUGUUGUCGGAAUCUAGAUAUGGUCAAUGCAAUGAGAUUUAUGAAUCAGAUGUCUUCAGAUAGCUGUGAGCCGGAUAUCUUCACAUAUAAUAUAUUAAUCCAUUGUCUCUGCAAUAACCAUAUGAUGAAUCCAGCCAUGAAGGUUCUAGAUGAGCUUGUUUUGAUGGGUUUCGUCCCUAAUACGGUUACAUACAACACUUUGAUGAAUGGUACCUGCCGGGAUGUUCUUGAUCGGGCUAUGAUUCUAACUGGGAAGUUGCUUAAGAUGGCUUUUGUCCCUAAUGUAGUAACUGUUAACCUUCUCCUUUCUAAUUUUUGUAAACAAGGGCUGGCAAAAAGAGCAGUUGCAUGGGCUGAAACCCUUAGAGAAGUUUCAUUCAGCUUUGACGAAGUAACAUGGAAUAUACUAGAUAGGGCUUAUCGGGACAUGCGUGAGAAUUCUGAGAACUCGGUUGCUGACUCAGAGAAAUGUUUAUUUCUUGAAUUCUUAAUGCUGAUGACUUACAAGUCGAUUUGCAAAAGUGAACACUCAGAGUGUAGACCGUUGAUGACGAGUAGUAUAAUUGACCAUGAUGAUAUGACACCAUACAAGAUGAUGGAUAUGAGGUGAUAUGUGAAUUAUGUAAGAAUUAUGUUGUGAGGAAGUAGUUUUAUGUGCAGUGGUGUGCAAAGCAUUUUGGCUCACUCGAGUUCUUCACUUCCACCUGAUUUCUGUGGCUCAGAUAGGAAAUCCGUCUAAAGAUGAUGAGUGCUUUUUUCUUGGUAUUAUCUCAUUUAUUAGGCCUUUAGAUACUGAAGGCCAGUUGGACAUUUUAAUGAGUCCUUCGCACCGCACCCGUGUGCUUUGUUGUACAUUAUUUAGAUUAUUUAGACUAAGAUUUAGCUAAUAUCUCCUGUGUCAAACUAUAGCUCCCUAUAAGGGGAUAAGCUAGUCGACCUAGAGUUUUGAUUCAUUCAAAGGUUAAAAUUUGAUAACUAUCAGCCAAGCUGUAUCAUUUGUUGUACAAUAUACAUCUUCAGUCAGUGAUAAGUAUCUCCAGCAUUCAAUUUUUA